AUGAAGUUCUCCUCUGUCCUGGCGGGUGCGGCUCUCGCGGGCACUGGGCUCGCGGCUGACCUGGAUCCUAUUGUCAUCAAGGGUUCCAAAUUCUUCUACAAAACAAAUGGCACCGAAUUUUUCAUGCGCGGUGUUGCAUACCAACAGGAAAUUUCCAGCAAUGGCACCACCAGCGAAAACGGCUACAAGGACCCCCUGGCCAACGCUGAGGCUUGCAAACGUGAUGUUCCCCUCCUCCAAGAACUGAGGACAAACACCAUCAGGGUGUACGCCAUUAACCCCAAGGAAGAUCACAAAGUGUGCAUGGAACUCCUCCAAAACGCUGGCAUUUACGUCGUUGCAGAUCUGUCCGAGCCAGACCUCUCCAUCAACCGUGACGACCCAAAAUGGGACGACGAUCUCUAUGCCCGCUACACAGCCGUCAUCGAUACCCUCGCCCCUUACUCCAACGUCCUGGGCUUCUUCGCCGGGAACGAAGUUUCCAACAACAAGUCCAACACCCAAGCCAGUGCAUUCGUCAAGGCUGCCGUUCGCGACUCAAAGGCCUAUAUCAAGAAGAAGGGCUAUCGUGAAAUUGGUGUCGGCUAUGCGACCAACGACGACGCCGAUAUCCGUCAGGAUAUGUCUAAUUACUUCAACUGCAAUAACCGUGCUGAGUCUAUUGACUUCUGGGGUUACAAUAUCUAUUCGUGGUGUGGUGACUCUAGCUUCAAGGAGUCCGGAUACGAUGUCGUCGUGAAGGAAUUCUCAAGCUACUCUGUCCCCGUCUUCUUUGCUGAGUAUGGUUGCAACGUCGUUCGCCCACGGAAGUUCACUGAGGUAGCUGCUCUCUAUGGCCCCCAGAUGACUCCCGUUGUCAGCGGAGGUAUCGUCUACAUGUAUUUCCAGGAGGAUAACAAUUACGGUCUGGUCGAUAUCAACGGCAACACCGCCAAAGGCCGCCCCGACUUCAAGAACCUUAAGGACCAAAUGUCCAAAGUCAACCCCAAAGGCGUCAACAUGAACGACUACAAGGUUGAAAACACUGAACUCCGAACCUGCCCUGCCGUUGGCUCCUCAUGGAAAGCUAACCGCUCCCUCCCCCCAACCCCAAACAAAUAUCUAUGUGGCUGCAUGGUCAAGUCUCUCUCAUGCGUUGCUAAAGACUCUCUCGACACGGAAGAACUGGGCGAUAACUUCAACACAGUCUGCGGUCUAGGCAAGGGCGUCUGCGACGGUAUCUCCAUCGAACCCGAAAAUGGCGUCUACGGUGCCUACAGCAUGUGCAACCCGCGCGAAAAGCUCUCCUUUGCCUUCGACUCUUAUUACCAGCAGCAGGCAAAGGCUGGGAACGGUGAUAGCGCGUGUGACUUUAAGGGAGCUGCUCAGAGACAGAAGCCCACUCAGGCGACUGGAACUUGUGCGGAUUUAAUGAAGCAGGCUGGUGCGAAUGGGAAGGGGACUGUCACGUCUGGACCGGGCGGGCCAGCAGGGACGUCCAAGGGGGCUGCCAGUGUUGGGGCUGUGCCGGCGGUAGAUUUUGGAAUGGUUAGGGUUGGUGCCGGGGUUGUGGCGGGGGUUAUUGCUGGGAUGAGUAUUUUGUUGUUGUAG